GUCAGCAGUUGGAUCGAGAAUGUUGGCAGAAAACGGCUAAAGGAAACGAUCAACCUGGACGAUUCUUUGGAGAUGCUGCUUCAAGCACAAAAGCAAUUCAGGGAGUUUGAUCUUAUUGCCAGUGAAUAUUGCAGAAGAGGGCAGGAAGCACUAAAGAAGAUGGAUCGAUGGGAAGACUUCUCCUCUGUGGAUGUACAUUCUUACAGGGUAAAGCUGGACACCUACAAAGAUCAACUGGAAGAGUUCUGCACCCAACUGGAUGAAAACAGGCAUCGAAUCUGUGAGACGGUCAGGCUGUAUGAAUUCUUUGACAAGGCGUACGAGUGGGCCUUGGAAGGGAUGCGACACCUCGCCUGCAUCAGCAUGGAGGACUGCAGCUCCGCCGAGCACUGCGCAGGUGUGAUCAAGUGCCUGGAGAGCUACAAGGGGCAGCACCCAGACAUCAGCGAUGCCCGAUUCCAGGAGAUGAAGGAGCUGGCCUGUGAGCUGAAAAGUGACAAGGGACUCAAGCAGUGGAAGUUUGCAUGGUCCAAAUGCCAGGAGACCAAGCUGGUUUUUGAAAAGAAACUCGAAGCAGCCUUGAGAACAAGGAGGUCUCUGCUGUCAGAGCGCAAACCAGCUGCGGGGGAGCAGCCGCGGGCUGGCAGCGAGGCUGGCGCUCCACCCCACCGGAGGCACUCCGAGGGGGCCACCUCCGGGUCCCCCUGGGACAGGACUUACAGCGCGUCCCACUGCUACAACAGGCCCAGCUGCUCUCCGGGGUGGACUAAGGAGAAAGCUCCCUCGCCCUCCCUGGGCUGCCCCGGCGAUGUGAGUGCUGGGGAAGAAUUUGCCUGCCAAGCUGCUCUCAGCCCCGGGCCUCACUCGAGCAGAGUUUCGUUUGCCAGCGGGGCCUCCAAGUCUCCAAAGCUGCCUGAAGAAAAGCCAAACCUGGAGAGCAUAUUAGAAACCUUGGAGGUGAAGCCGUCCUGCACCUCCAGCCCAGCCUCUGGGAAGCUGCCUCCCAGGAGGAUGCUCCGCAAGGCCCAAAGCUUUGACCUCCCCUGCGGUGAGAGCCUGUGGUCAGGCUGCCAGAGGACGCUGAGCGAGCCGGCCAGAUACGGCAACACCGGUGUCUUCAUCAAGGGGCUGGAGGUGAGCAGCACCGAGCUGGUGGACAGGACUUUCGCGCUGCGGCAGCCAGCUGUGCACCGCUGGGGUGGGGACUGCCUGCUGGAGGGACAGAGGGGCUGCCUGUCCGCGUCAGAAGCCAGGAGCUGGGGCAGCAAGCUGCGGCACAUCAUCGACGAGAUGGUCACCACGGAGCGGGAAUACGUGAGGUCGCUUUGCUACAUCAUCGAUAGCUACUUCCCUGAGAUGGAGCGCCUCGACCUCCCCCAGGACCUGCGUGGGAAGCGCAGCGUCAUUUUUGGGAACCUGGAGAAACUCUACGACUUCCACAGUCAGUACUUCCUGCGAGAGCUCGAGAGCUGCUGCAACCACCCGCUGCGGGUCAGCCACUGCUUCCUCCGACACAAAGACCAGUUUGGGAUGUACGCGUUGUACAGCAAGAACAAGCCGAAGUCGGACUCGCUGCUGGCCAGCCAUGGCAACACCUUCUUCAAGUUCAAGCAGGUGCAGCUUGGGGAUAAGAUGGACCUGGCCUCCUACCUGCUGAAACCCAUCCAACGGAUGAGCAAAUACGCCCUGCUCCUGAAGGACCUGAUCAAGGAGUGCAGCGAGGCGCAAGAGCAGGAGCUGGGCUACCUCCGUGCAGCUGAGGAGAUGGUGAAGUUUCAGCUCCGGCACGGAAAUGACCUGCUGGCCAUGGAUGCCAUCCGUGACUGUGACGUGAACCUGAAGGAGCAGGGGCAGCUGGUGCGGCAGGACGAGUUCACCAUCUGGCUGGGCCGUAGGAAGUGCCAGCGACACGUCUUCCUCUUCGAGGACCUGAUCCUCUUCAGCAAGCCCAAGAGGAUCGAAGGUGGCUUUGAUGUGUAUAUCUACAAGCGCUCCUUCAAGACUGCAGACAUUGGUCUGACAGAAAACUCUGGAGACAGUGGCUUGCGCUUUGAGAUCUGGUUCCGAAGGCGGAAGUCCAGCGACACCUACAUCCUCCAGGCCAGCUCAGCCGAGACUAAGCAGGCCUGGACCAGUGACAUUGCCAAGAUCCUGUGGCAGCAGGCAGCCCGCAAUAAAGAAAUCCGUAUGCAGGAGAUGGUCUCCAUGGGUGUGGGCAACAAACCGUUCCUGGAUAUCAAACCCAGCGAGGCAGCUAUCAAUGACCGUGCUAUUGAUUACAUCAUGAAAGGCAGAGGUGCCAGGACCAGAGCAUCAAUCGCAGUGUCUCUGUUUGACCAUUCCAACCCGUACAAGAGGACGCAGGCGCAGCUCUCCGCUGGCAGCACCCCCGCUGCAUACAGCCCUUCCUCCUCCUCCCUGCUGGGGCCCCUCAACCUCCACAUGUACCUGGACCAGGCUCUGCUGCCCGGCGUCCUGGCCCCCGGCCGCCCCUUUGACAUUGGCACCUGCAUUGAGGAAGAUGAGCUGGAGCACGAGACGAGCAGCCAGCCGUCACUGACAACAGAGAGCUCAGAGUCGUCGCACUGCAUGUCAGGCAGCGGCUCCAGUGGCUCCGACAGCGGCUGUGUCUCCAGCAUCCCACAAGAAAGCUUCUGUGAAGACGUGGGCUCACCCCCCUACAUGCCCCUGGGCUCCCAACACAGCUCUGCCAUGGAGAAGCCCAGGUUCACCAACAGCCAGUACAUUUCCGCA